GAAAGUCAACAUGCGGAGCAAAGAAAAGAAAAACGUUUUAAAUGAUUUGAAGGAAAAGACGAAUAACUGUCUUAAAAGUAGAAAAAAUGCGAAUGAUAUAAUCGAUAUCAUUUCUUAUUUUCAGGAUGAUGAUGAAGGCACUGUGCUGCAGUGUAUACGCAGUGUCCACAAGCUCUUCACUCACUUCAUAGAUGUUGAGGAACUCUCCCUUAAAAACGUUGUUGAGGAGAGUGGAGAGGGGAAAUAUCGUGUGUGGUUAAGGGAGCGCUACAAGGAUGCAGUCGAUGGCCUCACGGAAUGUCUAAUCCAUUCUUCAACAGAUAUACAGGAGAUGUCCCUGUCAGUGUUAAUGAAACUGGUUGUGAAGGAAUCAAAAUGUCCAAUAGAAAUGUCAGAUGAUUCUCCGACCACCUUCCCUGCUAAGUUGUUCAAGAGGAUAAUGGAAACAUUGCUGUCGGACACGGUGAACAACACAGCCCUUCUGGGUAGGUUUGAGGAGUAUCUGGCCUAUGAUGAUGUACGAUAUUACACCCUGAGAAAUGUGUUCUCCGCAUGCAGAAACACCCAUGCACAGGAGACCCUUCAGGGAAACCUUUAUACUGUACUGGAGAAUAUUUCACUACCCCCUAAAGGGCAGGAUAACACCCUCUCAAACUUCCUCUGCUCAAUCGGAGAUGCGGAGAAAGAUAUUCGAACCCUCCAGCGGCACCGCCAUCUCUACAGCAGUGCAUGGAUACACUUUCUCAAAAUGAAGUUGUCUGCAACCCUCUACAGGAAAGUCCUGGUUAUUCUCCCAGACAAAGUUAUGUCCAAUAUGACUUCCCCUCUGUCACUGUGUGACUUCCUCUCACAGGCUUUCAAUGUUGGUGGAGUUAUUAGUCUGCUAGCCUCCAAUGGACUUUUUAUACUCAUCACAAAAUACAACCUCCACUAUCCAGACUUCUACAAGAAGUUAUACAGUCUGUUUGAGCCAUCUAUCUUCCACGUCAAGUACAAGGCCCGAUUCUUCCACCUCUGUGAUCUCUUCCUCUCAUCCACACAUCUACCUGCCCACCUGGUAGCAGCGUUUGCCAAGCGUCUUGCAAGAAUAUCAUUGUCAGCACCCCCUGCUGGCCUCCUGGUUGCUGUACCAUUCAUAUACAACAUGAUUAUUCGACACCCAGCAUGCAAAAAGCUCAUUCACAGACCGGACUCUGACAUGAGUUUUGAUACAGACCCAUAUGAUCCUGAAGAGGAGGAUCCAGAGAAAUGUGGGGCCAUGAACUCCUGUCUCUGGGAACUCAAGUCUUUACAAUACCACUACCAUCCUGACGUGUUCAAGAUUGCUAAGAAAAUGGACGUGGGUAUUCCCGACAUGGAGAUUGACCUUGCAGAGAAAUUUGACCUCACUGCAAAUGAUCUGUUUGAGAAAGAAGUUCAGAAGAAACAAAAGACUGUAGCAGUUACAUUUGAACCCCCCAAGGGCCUCCUCGGUGGCAAGGAUGACAAACUGAAUAUGUUUUGGACUUUAUGACAAUGAAAUUUGGAACUCUGAAGGGCCUCCUGGGCAACAAGGAUGACGAACUGAAUAUGUUUUGGACUUUAUUACAGACUAAUUUUAACCCCCGAAGGGCCUUUGUGUGCGAAGGAUGAUAAACUGAGUAUGUUUUGGACUUUAUGACAAUGACAUUUGAACCCCCAAAGGGCCUCCUGGGCAGCAAGGGAUGACAUACUGAAUAUGUUUUGGACUUUAUGGAAAUGGAAUUAGAACCCCCAAAGGGCCUCCUGGGCAGCAAGGAUGACAAAAACUGAAUAUGUUUUGGACUUUAUGGAAAUGAAAUUAGAACCCCCAAAGGGCCUCCUGGGCAGCAAGGGAUGACAUACUGAAUAUGUUUUGGACUUUAUGGAAAUGAAAUUAGAACCCCCAAAGGGCCUCCUGGUUAGCAAGGAUGACAAAAACUGAAUAUGUUUUGGACUCCAUGACACUGUAAUUUUUACUUUAUGGCAUAUGAACGAACCCCUGAAGGUCCCCCUGGGCACCUGUUUUUUGUCAGUCAAUGAGUCAUACUUGUUACACGGAAUAAAAAAAAAGAGUUAUAUAUUACAUGUAAAAAAUGCUUGUUGAAAAUGCAUUUAUUAAAUAAUGGAAAUAUAAGAAUUGUUUGUUAAAAAAUGCAUUUAUUGAAUAAUUGAUAUAAGAAUUCUUUGUUGAAAAAUGCAUUAAUUAAACAAUGGAAAUAAAAUCUACUUUGAAAUGUACUUAUUAAA